AUGCCGCUGCAGCCCGCGCGCCAGGGCGUGACAUGGUGGACCUUGUGGCAGCCCCUCGUGUUCGGUGACUCCCUGCAGGAGGCGGCAGGUCGCAGGUUCAAGGAGCUGGCGGGCCGCGUGGAGGGCCGGCGCACCAUCGAGAAGAGCGCGGACGAGGGAGGCGAUGAUGAUGCUGCGAGCUCUGUCGACACGGAGCUGCAGGCAGAGUCGGUGGAGGCCGACGCGGGCGCGAGCAGCGAAGCCAGGAUGGCGGCGCUGAGGGCUGAGGCGGGGGGGCGCCCGGCCUACGCGCCGCUGCCCGGCGGGGACGUUGAGAUCAACCCGCGCGCGGUGGCGCGCUACCUAGCGGACAGGCGGAGCUCUGGCAGUGCGGGCCCGGGCGAGAGAGGCGUUCGCACCCACCUCGAGGCCGAUGGGAAGAGGUACCUCGACUUCACCGCGGGCAUUGCCGUGAACUGCCUGGGCCAUUCAGAUCCUGGUUGGGUGAAGGUUGUAUCGGAUCAGGCGGGCCUCUUGGUGCACACGUCGAACUUGUACCUCAAUCCCGAACAGGUGUCUUUGGGGCAGAAGCUUGUGACGCAGUCCUUUGCGGACAAGGCGUUCUUCUGCAACUCGGGAACGGAGGCGAACGAGGCCGCCAUCAAAUUCGCGCGGAAGUUCCAUCACAGCGCGGGGAAGCCGCGCGAGCGCAUCGUCUGCUUCGAGAACGCCUUCCACGGCCGCACCAUGGGGGCGCUGGCAUUGACCUGGAAGGAGGGCUACAAGUCGGGGGAGGACUGGAAGGAGGAGCAGAAGGACAUGCAGGAGUGGAAGCGACAGCGGCAAAAGCACGAGAAGAUGGAGGAGGAGCAGGGAGGUCGGGCCCGUGGCCUCGUGACAGAGCGCCUCGCCAGGGGCUACGCCGCGGGCGACAACGAUGGCUACGCCGAGGGCUGCAUCGCGGGCUUCCACUACUACUGGGGCUACUACGAGGGCUACCACUUUGGCCUCGUUUUCGCCAGCGGCGUGGCCGAGGACUACGAGGAUGACUACUGCGCUGGCGGCGGUGACUUCGAGGCCGACGACGAGUACGGCAAGGGCGAGGGCUCCGCGCACGAGCACGACACGGGCGAGUCCGACGACGACGGUGACUUCGCCGAGUACUACCCCCAGGUGGGCCUCGCGUUCACGGAAGAGGAGCAGUAUGAGCAGACCUGUCGCAAGCAGUCGGGCGACGACGAGUGCGUUUACGUGGACAGCUCGGACAGCGACUUCGGCUUCGACGAGAACGAGAACCAGGCGGCGGGCGACGCCUGCAGCGACUGGAGCUGGGACUUCGGCGUCGACGGCGUCGACGAGGACGAGGGCGAGGCCGAGGAGGACGACUGGAGCUGGGACUUCGACGCCUACAUCAACGAGGUCGAAGCCGAGCAGGCCACCGAGCUGCCCGAGAAGAAGAUCGAGAAUAUGCUCGAGAAGAAGAGGUCCGUGGAUAUCCCUGUCGCGCGCCUCGGGGAGAUCUCGACCGCGUUCGGGGACGUCGUGGAUCCGCGCAGGGCCCGCAUGGUGGCUGGCCGGGCGACGCGAGCAUGCCGCCGCGGCACGGCCCAAGCGGGGGUGGCGUCUGCUCGCGGGCCCGAGUGGGUGCGGGCCGAGGCCGUGGGGGUCCUGCUGCGCGAGUUUGGGGUGCUCAUCCCGGAGGCCCAGUGGACGGCGGCCAUGCGUCGGGUGCGCGAGCACGCCGUGGAGUUCGAGGCCCCGGCGACGGCGGCCGCGCCGAUGCCCCUCCCGCCGCCCGUCGACGUCGACGCGUUGACGAUCGUGCCGGCGGCGAUCGAGCCAUCGGCUGAGGACGUGAUCAUCGACGGCCUCAAGCGGAAGGUGAGGAAGGAGCAGCAGACAGUGAGGCGCAAGACUGCGCGCAUCGAGGAGAUCAAGGCGGCCAUCGUCCCCGUCGAGGCGGACGCUCAGUUGGCGCUGCUCACGCCAGACCGCGGGGAGAAGCGGCGGUUCAACGCCAGGACUGGCAUUGCCCUUGCGAUCCGGAGGUGCCUCGGCAACGUGGCCGGGCGCAACAUGUGCGGGGUCAUCCUCGACGACGUGUCCCGCCCGACCGUGCGCCGCUGGGAGCACAGGAGCAAUGGCGCCAUGGUGACAUCUAGCUUGUGGUACCACCAGGAGCACAACCCGUGGUGGAUCUUCCCGGGGCCCACCACUGCCGGCGGGAGUGGCGAGAGCCAGGGCAGCUCGAGCUCCGUCUCCGGGCUCAGCGUGUGCACCCUCGGCAGCAUCGGCCUCGGCAGCUUGGGCCGUGCCUCGUCCGCGUCUUCCCUGUCUGCUGCCUCCUCUCUCGGGGACUCGAUGCCCCGCGCCAUGCGCGACGACGACGGGCCAAGGAAUGGGUUCGCAAUGUUCGCCGUGUGCGGCGACGCCACCAACGCCGCCAUCAUGGGGGGGUGCAAGGUGCACAACUUAUUCGUUGAGUCCGUGUACAAGUGCUGGGAUGAUGAUGUGUCCGAUGAUGACUACGCGUGGAGGAGGGAUUUCGCUGACUUGCAGAUUGUCGUUGAUGGCACUGGCCCGGGGACAGUCGACAUGAUCCAGAAGCAGAUGCGCAGCACAGGAGCCCCCGACUGGUCCAUGGUCAUGAAAGAGAUCGACACGGACCCCAAGAGCACGAGGACGUUCUAUUACUUCUUGACAUCUGAUCAGGGCUCAGACGAGGCCAAGGCUAAGAAGAUCAUUCAAUACCAGGUGCUUGAGUACGAUCGAAUUCAAGUGUGGUCUUUUGAUUGUUUUAUGCACAGCCCUCACUUGAUGGUGAAAUCGGGCCUGUCCAUAUGCGACGCAAUCCUGACGCAAUCGGGCCGCACAUACAAAUAUUUCGGGAGCCUCGCGAAGAUCGUCAACGUCUGGCGAGAUCUCGGGAAGGACAUGUUCCUGGCGUGGAAGUCUGCUGUCAGCGGCCCUGACGCGCAGAAGUACGCGAGGCGCUUGCCGCCGAGGUGUCUAUCGGGCCGAUGGGGUUCUGUGUACGGCUCAGAGACCACAAUCCUACCUCCGCUCCUUAAUGGCCAGCUGCUCCAGGCGCUGACGAAGGCAUUGGGGAAGAAGACUGCGGCGGCGGACGACGCUGGCGAUGCCGCCCUCCGUGAAGAGCCCCGACUUGAGGAGGUGGCUUCGUUCAGAGCCCGGCUCGGCAGGUGGAGGAACGAUGCGCUGGAGGUGGCGGCGGACCCCUUCUUCGGCGCCCUCGGCGCCGUCGCCCAUAAGCUGCAUGAGCCAGUGCAUGAGUUCAUAUUCUGGAUCGCGAAGGCGGUCCCCGGCGAGGUGAUGCGCGAGCAGGGGGGCCACGUGACCCAGUUAGCGACAGGGGUGGCGCUCAAAUUCGCUGUGAAGUUUGACGAGCUUGCCCGCGACAUCACGUGGCUCCAGGAUAUUGCGGACAGGAUGCCCGAGGCCGACGCAAUGCACUUGUUCAAGGGCGGGCUUCUUCUUAUGUUUCAUUACGCGUCUGCGUUUUUCAGGCGCGUCGUCCUGCCGGUGUCCAGAUACCCGAUGAAGAUGUUCCUCCUUGUCUACUCCGAGGCCGACGUGGUUUGCGACGUCCGCGCGCAGGUCGCCUGGGAGAUGAUUAAUAGUGACGAAGCUGGCUUGGAGAUAAAUACUGCGAAGACUGUCCGACAGCACCGUGCGGCGUUGGUUCACGCGGCGAACACUGGGAAGCUGGGGCGCGAGUUGUUCUGCGCGCUGCGCUUGGCCGGCCGCAUCAUCAAGGCUGACGUUCAGUUCAACGAGGGCAUCAACAGCCUACUUAAGGUUGAGAUGAAUAAGGCACCCUCCAUGACCAUGGAGCUGCUGGAUGCUCGGGCACGCCUAAAGUUCACUUUGGGGUAUCUGGACUUGGGCAUGAAGUGGCACCAGCGUAAAAAGACGGCCGCGCUAUUGGCGGGCUCGCUGACUCGACACGCCACGAUCGCCAACGACGUGUGCUCUGCCAGCGCCGUUCGCUACGCCCCGCCAGUGAAGACGUGCGUCCCUCCUUCGGCCAAAGACAUGACUGAGGGCAUGGCCAAGAUCAACCCUUACGCGACGCUGACCCCAGCAUCGUUAUUUGCCGCGCCCUACGCGCUGAAAGUGCACGCAGAGUGUAAGCAACCGACUGUUGAUAUAGCCUUCGGCUUCGGGAUCGACGACGACUUGUGCAUCCCGUGCGACAAGCAUCGCUACACCGCGUGGACGGUGGUUGGCGAGAAGUUCCGCCCUCGCGAGGGGCCGCCGGACAUGAUGCGAAUUAUCCUUCCGAUGCAGUCCGAGUUGAUGGCCGACGUCAUUGCUGACAAAUAUUGCUACUUCGACGGCGGGCCCGAGCAUAUUGAUGGCCUGGAGCUCCCGCUGUGGAAAUACCCCUUGACGUGGGUCAAAGAUUCCCCCGUGCCCCUUGCUCGUGUCGGAGAGCCCGAGCGCGUGGUGUCACUGGUGAAGCCCAAGCCCAAGAAGAAGCCGGGCGACGCCGCGUUCGGGGCCGCUGCGGCUGCAGCAGUGGCUGGAGGCGUUGGCGGCGCGGACGCCGCUGCUGGGGACGGCGCCGCCGUCGGCGACCCGGGCGCCGUGGAGGGCGCGCGGAAGUUCGACCAGGCCAUGCUUGACUCGGAGGGCAUGCGGAAACUUGCAGAGGCUGUUGGCCGUCGCGAUGCCGAGAUUGAUGGCUCCGAUAGCGAGGACGACAUCUUCGGCGCUGCUGGGGCACAUCAUGAGAUGCAAAAGGCGAAGAAGGGGGCGGAGUUCAAGAACUUCCACGCCGAUCCAGACGCGUUGGCCAAGAAGGCGCUGGAGAUGUCAGGCGUCGCGGUCAACAUCGAGGAAGUGCGAGACGAGCUCGCCCUGGAUACUCUGCUGGGGCCGGAGACCCCAGGGCCCCCGCCGCCUCCGUCGGAUCCGCCAGAGCCUGAUCCAGCUGAUGGUGAUGAUUCCAACCCAGCGUGGCACGCCAUUUGGUCGACUGGGUUACUGGACUGCAUUGCGAUCCUGCACGACCGGGAGGACGCGAUGUCCAUCCCUCUUGGCAACAAUGGCUUCCUAUCGUUGGUCCAGACGCGGGGCAACCCAGAUACCCUCAUGUAUGUUCACUGGCAGGACGCUGGCGCCAGAUGGGGGCGGGAGGCAGUGGUCGACGACGACGACGAGGACGUCAAGAGGAUCAAGUACUCCGUGACUCUGACGAAGCUUCGCUCAUUCGCGAAUGCCGUAAUCAUUCACCCAGCGAUCGGGAUCUCGAUGGCCAAAGUUCCCAAAUGCAUCAACCACGUGAAGGUCAGGCCGGUGAUCCCACCUGAUAUUGUGAAGCUGGAGGUGCGUUUGACCAACACGAGCUCGCCGAUCACAAUGGCAAAGCAGGGCGGGUUCCGGGGGUUGAACCUGGCCAAGUACGGCAUGCAUGCCGCGUCCUUCAACCGCUCGCUGCUCAAAUUCGGCCAGCCUGUCGACGCGGCGGCCUCCGCGUCGACGUCGGCGUCGGCGGCCUCAGCCGCGACGCCGGAGCUGGAGCAGGCGCCGCAGGCAGCAGUGACGGCGGCGGACCUCUACACUGUCAGGGAGCUGAAGGAUGCGUACGACUGGGCCCGCUACAACAUCCUGAGGAUCGAAGAGGUCCACGGCAGAGCUCGCGUGCAGAAGAUGGCAACAGCCCUCGAGACCGAGCGCCAUGCCACUGCCUUCUCGGGCAUUGACUCACCUGGAGUCGCCAGGGAGAUGUUGCGGCAGGAGCUUGAGCGUCACCUUGGCACCAAGAUCUGCAAGCCCGCCCACCACUGGGCAAUCGAAUGGGAUGCUCACGCGCAACAAGAGCUUCUCUGCCAUCCAUGUCGGCCAAGAUGCCUGUUCGCCGACAUGAGCGACUUCUACGUUCCCGAGUUCAGGCGUGAGCUGGGCAGGAUGAAGGACUCUGGUGAGAUCAUCGGCGUCAGGAAGCUUCUCCCAGCGAUCAAGACUAGGAAGGCCGUCAAACCUUCGGCGUACUGCUGUAUUCAUGAUAAAGAGUGCUCCGUGACAAGGGUGGACGUCAUGUGGGCAGGCCCACCAUGCGUCGGCUUCUCCCCUGUCGGGCUCGGGCGUGGCGAGGAGGACGAUUCCAUAGAACACUUCAUGGCUUGGGUGGGACUUUGCCUGCUUCUCCUCGUACCGACUAUCAUUCACGAGAACGUGAAGCAGUGCAUGCUUGACCUCCUCCAAGCCUGCUUCAAUGAGCACUACGCAAUCUCCGAGCAAGAGCUGUCCCCCAUCCAGUUCGGGGUUCCCGCGAGGCGGACUCGCAUGUUUCGAGUCAUGACGUUGACAAAGGCCGCGGUGUUCACUGUGCUACCGGUGUCUACGAUCACCAGGCUGUUCCACAGAGACCGCCAAUGCACGUUCUCCAUUUGGUUUUGGGCUACAGAUGCGGACCUCGCCGACCUGGUGGAGUUCGCCGCUGACAGGGCGAGGAAGAACCAUUGGGAUGUCCCUCCUGGGAAACUUACCGUCUCGGACCUGAGGGGCCUCCUGUCGCCGUUCGAGCGCGAGAACCUCGGCCGUUACGAGCGCAAUCACGGCACCAACGCAGUGUUCCAGCUCAACCAGGACUGCGACGACUUCACGUCCAUGAGCAGCGAGGGUAACUUGUGCACGGUCACCAAGCACUGUGGGAUGAUGUGGUUCAGGGACAGAGUCAUGACGGCAAAGGAGGUGCUCGCCGCCUUAGGUUUCCCCGUCACUACUGCUAGCUUCGAUGACAUCGCCGCGGGCCGGGCGAGCCCGUCGACGAGUUUCCACGCCAGCUGCCCCGAUAGGAGCUACGCGCAGACAUUCUGCCAAGCGGGGAAUGCUAUGCACGUGAACGUGGUAGGCGCGAUCGAAUGUUGGCGCCUGGCUUUCGUGAACACAGUGAGCGAGAGUUUGGCCGCGCGCGUGGUCGCAGCGGCGGUCGGCCAGGUCACGCGCGCUCGCAUCGAAGAGGCCGAGGAGGCCCUCUACGGGCCGCGCGAGUCGAUUCAUGUGCGCUUCCCUGGGCUCACGGGCUGCCUGCUCCAGGAAGCUGUGUGGAAGGCGUACUCGAUGCCGAGCGCUGAUAGCCACGCCCCCUACUUCGACAAGGAUGGCAACCCCAUGAUCGAGCCUCACCCCGCCAACCGGGUCGAUGCCGCUCCUGGAUCGGCGCCAUUCAAGAUGCUGAGCUGGGGCCACCUCACAGCGGCAGUGUAUCGCGCUAGUAAGCGCAACAAGCCAGGCACCAACAAAUUUGUGGACCACACGAUCAAGCGCGGGGUAACGGGCCUCACCAUCUUCAAACAGAAGACUCCGAUCGACGUGUUGACGUGGAUCGUCGAUCUGUCGAACGAUUUCCACAACCAAGGCUCUGGCAUGACCUGCGUCCAGAUGAUGGACAAGUGCGCCGCCGCGGAGGACGGCUGGGAGGCUCACAGGAAGCAGUGCAAGAUCAAAGCCCGCCAGCCCAAGAAGGGGAAGGGUAAGGGCGAGGAGGAGUGCGGUCAGCGUGAUCUGCCCAUUCAGAAAUCAGGUGAGAAGCCAGUUUCGAACACGGCCCAGUAUUACAAGGAAUACAAGAACUGGAUCACCGAGAACUACCCGAGGCUGCUCGGGCCGGACGGGGACUCCUGGAGCUCGUUCGCGCAUCUGAAGGCCCUCGUCAACUCGAUGCGCAAGAAGCCGUGCGACGUCUUCGAGCAGGUGAAGAAGGACCUCAACCUGAACUGCGAGUUCCUCGACGCCAGGUUCAACCAAUGGAAUGCGAUCGCCGCCAUGCAUGCCUACGUGACGUCGGUCGAGUCGGCGUGCGCUGGCAUCGGAAUCGAGCCUGAGAUCAGGGCCGCGCUGAUUACAGAAGGGAUCAAGUUCUGCACUCCUUACAAGCCCACGUCGUCAGGCCCAAUGGACCCCAGCUGUAGGUUCGCGCCCUUCGUGUUCCCCAAGGGAGUCGACAACGACAGGAUGGAGGUCAUCAAGACAGCGAUGGAGGGCAGCGCGGUUUACAAGCCUGUGAAGAAACCGAAGAAAGCCGCCCAGGCCAAGCCAGCGGCGAAUCCGAAGAGAGCGGCAGGCGGCAAGCGCGGCAGGGAGUGCGCUAUGGCGGUGGAGGCCAUGCAGUUGCAGCUUGUGCCCGACGCUCACUUCCAGGACCUGGAUGACGAUGAGGCGGUUCCAGAGCCUCGCCAGAAACUCUGGAUCGACGACCUGGUUGCGGCGAUAGAGCACUCCUUCAGCCAGUUCAGACGGGCCUCCAAGACGAACAAGCGCAAGACCGCCGAGUUUGUCGUCUCCCACGCCCUGGAGUUUGCCUGGAUGGAAUCAGUUACGCUCAAUGGCAAGGAACACACGAAGUGGUCCGAGCUUCGCUUGGAGCUCAAGCGGGUCAUGUAUCUGGCCCUGAAGCGGGAGGAAGAUUCGCUGGCGGAUGCUGUGAUGGGCGGUGCGGGCGUGCAGGGGGCCUACGACUCAGCCACGGCCUUGCUAAGCAUCGCUGAGAGCCUCCCUCAACAGGCGGUGCCAGGCGAUGCUGCGAUCGACGCCUUGACAGCCGAUGUGACGAAGUACCUGAAUGACUACGAGGGCAUUGCAUUGAGGGAUUACCUGUCAGCCAACAAGCCUUCGAGGCCAGUGAAGAUGCACAGGAUUACUGCUGACAUGAUGGAGUCUGCUUGGGGCUACAUUGAGGCUGCGAAAAUUGAGUACGGCAAGAAGCUCCUUCGUGACCAAGGUGUAGAUAUGAAUGCCGCGAAACCUUCGGACUCCGUUGACUUGGCUGACAUCCUGAAAAGUGUCUACGAUGCAGUGGACGCCAAUUUCCCAGCCGAGUGGACUAAGAACGUGCUCAAGCUCUGCACGAUUUCAACGCAGACGCAGUCUCUGCCGGACGAGGCCAAGCAUACCUUCGGCUGCUUCGACGACUUGAGCAAGUGGAUGCGCCUCCGGACCCACUACGCGGCCCACCUCCUCGAGAAUCUCGUUCCCGACGCGGUCAGCGUGGAGGGCAUGCCGUCCGCCACGUUCUGCGAGGCGGUCGAGGCCAUUGUCGCCAAUGCGGACAAGAUGGCGACCGUCGACCCCCUGCUGGACCAGUCGCACAUUUGGGCGCGCGCUUGGGCCAUCGCGAUCAGGAAGGUCUGUUCCGACGGGGCGUGGAGCGAUGCUGUGAUGGAGGAUGUCAUGGUGCAGUGCAACCUGGGCCCCGCCUCGAGCCCGCUCGUCGCUGCUGAGCGGGCCGAGGCCGCGGCCGCCGAGGCGAAGCGGAAGGCCGAGGUGGCCAAGGUCCAGUGGAAGCUGGCGCAGAUCACCGCGUCCAUUUCGGAUGCGAAGGUCACGUCCGAGUGCGGUGAAGAGCUGGAUGUCCGCCAGCUCGUGGCUGAUUCCAAGUUCCACGUCAACAGCACGUCGCUCAAGGUGCUCGCCUUGAAGGCCCAGGCGGCCCUCUUCGAGGCGGUGAUCGAGUCUGAGGCUACUGCCAGCACGAAAGAUCUGAUCGCCCUCGUGAGGAGGACUGAUGACGGCAAGAAGGUAUCGGUUUCAUCGGUGGUGGCGCCGCAGCUGCUCACCAAUCUCAAGCUCUACUUCGCUGGCGCCAUCACCUUCACCGAGACAGUUGGGGCCCACCGCGUCGGCAACAUCGCGGGCAUCCCGAUCUAUGUUCACGGGGGUCUCAACUGUCAUUUGGCCUCGGAAUGCUUCGUGCCCGCCUGGAGCGUGAAACAAGUCGCCAAGCCAGAAGAUGCCACGCUCCAGCUUGCGCACGAGGACGCCGAUAUCAUCUGCCCGCCGAAGCUCCUGAAGCAGCCUCUGGCGGCCGGCGCUGAGCCACCGAAGAUUCGCAUCCGAGUGCCAGUGCUGGUCCCCAAGCCUGGCUUCGUCGGCAUGACUGACGUGCAGUUGAAAUACUACGUGGCGAAGGCCGGCGGGGAGGCCGACGGCGGCAAGGGCAGCGGGAAGGGCAAGAAGCGCAAGCGCGCGGAUGACUCCAGUGACCCGUGCACGUUUUUCGGUGGAUGCGCUGCGCUCGCACUGAGCGGCGCGAGUCCGUCUUCAGGCCGCGGGCCCGACCUCGUGACAGGGGCCUUCGUCACGAGGGCGCGCGGCGUCACCCUCGCCCCCUUCAAACCGCUGAUGCCGUCCUCGGACUUCCUCCCGUUCAACGACGAAGCGGCUCUGUCAGCGAUCUCGGGCCCGGGCAGGUGGCCGACCGUCUGCUGCGUCUUCGCGGAGCCCAUGCAGGGCGAAGGCGGCGUGGUGCCGGCCACCCCGGAGUUCCUCGCGGCGCUCAAGAAGCGCUGCAAGGAGGUGGGCGCGCUGCUCGUCUUCGACGAGGUCCAGUGCGGCCUGGGUCGCACUGGCAAGCUCUUCGCCUACCAGCAGAGCGGCGUGGCGCCCGACCUGAUAACCCUGGCGAAGCCCCUGGCCGCCGGCCUGCCCAUCGGCGCUGUGCUCAUGACGGAUGAGGUGGCCGCGUGCAUCGGCCCCGGGGACCACGGCAGCACCUUCGCCGGCGCCCCGCUGGUGUGCAGGGCCGCGAACUACACGCUAGACCGCGUGAGCGACCCUGCGUUCCUGGACAACGUGACGGCCAUGGGCGAGCGCUUGCGUUCGGGCCUGCGGCGCCUGGCGGAGCCCCGCGGCAUGGAGGUGCGCGGCCUGGGGCUUCUCAACGGCGUGGUCUUCCCAGACGCCGCGGCCUGCGGCUCUGUGCAGAAGGCGGCGCAGGCGGAGGGGCUUCUGCUGCUCACGGCGGGGGCGGGCAACGUGUUGCGCAUUGCCCCGGCCUUGACCGUGGGCGCGGAGGAGGUCGACGCGGCCCUGGCCAUCCUGGAGCGAGCCUUCCCGCCGCCGCCGGGCGGUGCCGAGUAG